AUUAUGAUAGUUCAAUGAUGAGUGCAUGUCACUAUAACUUGGGUGUGUGUGAUGUAUAUAGGUAGACAGCAGUGUAGGUUUUGAGUGGCACUGAUUUUUUGUCACAGACAUUUGGCAUGUUGGUACAUGUAUAUAUAUACCACUAUGUAUUUAUAAUGGUAUAAGAAGAAAGACAAUCCACUUACAUGCAGCUUUUCUUUCAGGUCUAAAAGAAAGAGUACCAUUGACUUCACUAACACUGAAAGAUCUUAGAAGAUAAUGGAGCUGGAAGGCUGUAGUCAGACAGCUCCCGAGGAUACCGGACUUCAUGAGGCCUGUGGUGUAUUUGGUUGUGUGGCCACUGGAGACUGGCCAACUCAACUCGAUGUGGCUCACACCAUCUGUCUCGGACUGGUCAGUCUGCAACACAGGGGCCAGGAAAGUGCAGGAAUCGUGACAAGUAUGGGUAGCAAUGACUCGCUACACCGACAGAAGAAAGGCAUGGGACUUGUCGGUAACAUCUUCACGGAGGAAGACAUUGUCAGGUUACGGGGCAACAUAGGACUGGGCCACACAAGGUAUUCCACCCAUGGCGAGUCAGACACUUCUAAUGUACAACCGUUUGUGGUGGAAACAUUGCAUGGUCUGACAGCAGUGGCUCACAACGGACAGCUCGUUAACGCCAGGACUCUCAAACGCAAGUUGCUGCGACAUGGAGUGGGAUUAUCGUCGGGGUCUGACAGUGAACUUAUCACACAGCUUCUUACUCACAUGCCAGAAUGUGGAGAACCAGACGGGGCCAACUGGGUUGGCAGGAUCAAGAGGAUAAUGCACGAGACAAAGGCGUCCUACGCCCUGGUCAUCAUGAACAAGGACAAGUUGUAUGCUGUGCGGGAUCCGAUCGGCAAUCGACCGCUGUGUUUGGGCAAGCUUCUCCCUGCUGCAACAUUCUCAGGGAAGAAGAUUCUGGACGACUCGGAGGUGGAUGGAUGGGUGGUGGCUUCAGAGUCAUGUGCGUUCGGCAGUAUAGGAGCUCGCUACUACAGGGAAGUCCUCCCAGGCGAGGUUGUGGAGCUCAGCAAGAAGGGAGUUCGAUCAGUGUAUAUGGCUCCCAAACACAAACAGACUCCUCCCGCCUUGUGUAUAUUUGAGUACGUGUAUUUUGCCAGAUCUGACAGUGUGUUUGAAGGACAGAUGGUGUAUAUGGUGAGACAGAAUUGUGGCAGACAGCUAGCCAAGGAGGCUCCUGUAGACGUAGAUAUGGUCAGUACCGUCCCCGAGUCGGCCACGCCUGCGGCCAUGGCUUACGCUGCUGCUAUAAACAGACCCUAUGGAGAGGUUUUCACCAAGAAUCGCUAUGUCGGGCGGUCCUUCAUCCAGCCUAACAUGAGAUUACGACAGCUAGCAGUCGCUAAGAAGUUUGGGGCCCUAACGCAGAACUUCAUUGGCAAGCGAAUUGUGCUGGUUGAUGACUCUAUUGUCCGAGGUGUUACGAUGAUCCCCAUCGUCAAACUACUGAAGGCCGAGGGAGCCAAGGAGGUCCACAUACGGAUAGCGUCGCCUCCCAUCAAAUACCCCUGUUACAUGGGAAUCAAUAUUCCUACCCAUCAGGAGCUUGUGGCCAACAAAGUUCCUAUUGACCAGCUGGCCGACUACUUUGGGGCAGACAGUCUUCAGUACCUGUCUGUAGAAGGACUGAAGGCAGCAGUGACUGAAGGGAUAAAGACUGAAGCAGAGUCUGGUCACUGUGUUGCCUGUCUUACAGGAGAUUAUCCAGUGGAGCCAGACUGGUGAUAUCUUCUCAAAGGGGAGCCUAAUCUAGAGUCCAACAAACACUUCUG